CUGGGCUGGAGCCGCGCGCGUGCCGCUCGCACGGAGCCAGCCUGGUCGUCCGGAGCCGUGGCCGCAGCGGGAGCUGGCAGGGGGCUCCCGCCUGGGCACGCAGUCGCCUCCCGCGGACCUCCGGGGCCUCUCCAGCGCCCGCCUCGCCCGCCCGGCCCCAGCAGCGCCGCAGCCGUGGCCUGGGCAUGAGCGGCCGCUACUAGCUGCGCCCUGCCCGGGACGGACGCCGGACCGCCCCGUCACGUGCGCCCAAGUCCUCGGCCGGCCGGGGCAGCGCCGUUCCCAUGGUUCAAGGCUGUUGAUGGAGAAGGGGGCGGAUGACAGCUGGGACGGUGGUCAUCACCGGGGGCAUCUUGGCGACUGUGAUUCUGCUGUGCAUCAUCGCCGUACUGUGCUACUGCCGGCUCCAGUACUACUGCUGCAAGAAGGACGAGUCCGAGGAGGACGAGGAGGAGCCCGACUUCGCAGUGCACGCGCACCUGCCGCCACUGCACGCCAACCGCAACCUCGUCCUGACCAACGGGCCGGGGCCGGCUCUCUACCCAGCUGCCUCCACCUCCUUCAGCCAGAAGUCCCCGCAGGCCCGCUCCCUCUGCCGCAGCUGCUCCCACUACGAGCCGCCCACCUUCUUCCUGCAGGAGCCCGAGGACGAGGGUGUGCGCAACGGCGGGGAGCGUGUGGCCUACAAGAGCAUCAGCCAGGACGACGUGGAGCUGCCGCCCGGGAGCUUUGGGGGCCUGCAGGCGCUCAACCCCAACCGCCUCUCGGCCAUGCGGGAGGCCUUCUCACGGAGCCGCAGCAUCAGCACUGACGUCUGAGCUGCGCCCCCGCCCGCCCCGACAGGUCCUGAGACCAUGGUGGGAUCCCCAGGGAGGCCUGCCCAGCUUUUUUCAGGCCCAGAUGGGGGCUUGGCCCAGCCUUCCUCGCAUCCCUGUCUUCACGGGGCCUAUCAGGGAGCUCCGCAACUCACAGCAAGGAUAAGGCCCAGUGAACGCAAGCGUGGCUGCUGGGGGUAGGGUCUCUGGGGUUAGGGUCUGGGGGUAGGGUCUCCAGGGGUAGGGGUCUCGGGGGUAGGGGUUGCCGGGGGUGGGGGCUGGAGGGAGGUGCGUGCGAUGCAGGCCCCGUGAGCAGUCACGUUCAGGUCGAGGACUGCAGAGCAGAGCGAGGCAGGGCUCUGGAGCGCGGACGCCAGGCUCCCGCGGCUGCCGGUUAGCAAAGGUGCAGUGGAGAGUGGCCCCCAUCUCUGCUCCGGGGAGUUGGCCGUUGCUGGCUGGGUGGCCUAGCCGUGUCACUCCCUCCGUGGGUCUCAGCCUACUGCCUGUUCAAGGACGGGGUGGCAGCGGCAACACUAGGUGCCCGUGGCAUGAGCCUUCCCUGGCGAUUGCAGACUGAGUAUUCCGUCCCUCCAGCCAGAGCGGGGGCCUCUGUCUCCCCUCACACUUGCCUCUACCCACCCCCGGCUUCAGGUGCCGGGCAGCUGAGGCACUGGUUGAUCUGACCUCCGUGCAGAUCCCCCUAGAAGGGGGAGUUCCAGGGGCUGCCAGGCCCUUGGGAUUCUCAGCCAUGACUGGUUUUUGCUGAAAGAGGGAGGACAAGGACAACCACCUGCUGCUGGAGUGUCCACCUGAGAUGCACAGCCCAGUCCUGAGCCAGCCGUGGGAGGACAGACAGAGCCGUGGGCUGGGGGCUAAAAGACCCACUAUGUCCCCGUGAGCGGUGGGCCAGGCCUCCAGGGGCCCUUCAAGCUGUGGUUCCCAGGGGAGACAGGCCCGAGCUCUCCCACCGGCCUCCAUUUCUCAGGAGGAUCAGGGAGCAAGGUCCCAGGCCAGCCCUCCUGUGCUCCGGCUCCGUGUGAAGACCUCGAUGGAGCCCACUCUGCACCAAGCUCCCAGUGGCACCAGGGUCUCCCUGGGAACCCACUCUCCAGCUACCUCCAUCCAGCUGGGGAAAUGAUGCCCAAUGCAAACCCAGGGGCCAGCCACGGGGAAUGCAGCCCCCCCCCGUCGUCAGAGGCAGUAUUUCCUCUCUCCGCAACAUGGCCCUAAGAGCCCGUGCCCUCCAUGCGUCGAGCCCAGGGUAGGUAGUCCCUGUCUGCCCAGAAGACGGACCAAGCUCCCCAGCUAAGCCACUUUCCUGAAAGACAA